GGUAUCCAAAAUCGAAACCGAAACCGAAAUUUCGUAAUACCGGUAUUGAAAAAUUGAAACCGAAAUCGAAAAAAUUAGAAACCGGUAUCCAAAAUCGAAACCGAAAUCGAAAUUUUUUCAAUCGGUUUCAAGCCCUGAAAAAUUCACGUUUUUCCUUAAUUUUUCUUUUGUUUUUCACGUCGUUUUUGAAAACUACUUUUACUUUUCCUAUCAGAAAAGAUACUGUUGAAGAAAAUCCAAGCAUUUUUACUGUCCUAAAAGGGGAUAACAGACACAAAAAUAAAAAAAAAAAAAUAAAAAAUCAAUACAUUCAUCGCUCCGCUCAGAAUCUAAAAUGAAAAGAGAAAAUUAGUAUUUUGCGCUUAAAAUAAUUAGGUAUGCAUUAUAUAGUUGUAUAAUAUAUAUAUUUAUUUAAAUUGUUUUAUAGGUCGAUCCAAACGAUAGCUUUAUAAAAUGGGAACAUUUUGAACUUCUUCACGAGCAAGACAAAAAAUUGUGACAGUCAAUUGAGAGUGUGUCCUAAAAUUACAGAUAACCAUUUACAACUGUUAAACACAUGUUUGAAAAUGCAUGUUCGUCUUGCAAUUCAACUCGUUUUCCACGUGUGCGCAUUUCGUGCACUGACGAAGUUAGGUACGACGGUGAUGGCCGACGCAACGAUCGCCGGUGGUCGACGACGCGGUAUCGACCGACGCAGCCGACCCUAUACCGACCGCCGUGGCAGCCGACACGAUACCGACCGCCGCGGCACCCGACACGAUACCGACCGUCGCGGCAGCCGACACGAUACCGACCACCGCGGCAGCCGACACGAUACCGACCGUCGCGGCAGCCGACACGAUACCGACCGCCGCAGAGGGUUUGAUACCGACCUCGGCGAACCGUUUUCGAACAACGACGUCCGUUCACAUAAUGAACAUAAAAAUGAUUGUACUUCAAAGCCUAACAUUAUUCAAAGAAGUGAAUGCUACCCAUAUCGUCAAUCAUAUAAUCAAAAUGUUUCAUUCAAACCAUAUAACCGUGGAGAUAAAACUAUUUGGAAAAACUUAGAUAAUAAAACUGGCUUAGUUCAAAAUCAAUUGGAUGUUGAACUUUCAAAAUAUAAUAGACAAUCUAGAAAUAAUAUUCAUCAAAGGGAUCGUAGCCGUGGUGGUUAUAGCAACUUCAAAAACUCAUCAUGCACUGUAACAGAAAGUAUAACUGGUUGGUAUUCAAUAAAUGUGACAAAUGCUGAAGAAUUUGAUGAAGUAUUGAAAAAAAUUAAAAUCCAUAUAUCACCAGUAUCAUUUUAUCCAUACAAUAAACAAUAUUCUGAUAAUUCAUUAAGAUUUCUUGUUGAUGAUUAUAAAGUUGCUAUAGCAUUGCACAAUACUAGCUACAAGAUAACACAAAGAGAUGAUCGAAAAUUAAUUAUUAAGGUCUUACCAUAUAUACCUAAACGAAACCUUAUAUCAUUCACACCAAUAUCUAGUGAAGUAAGAGAGAAAAUGAUGGAGGCCAUAGUGACUCGUUACAAUCCUAGUACCAAGAUUUUAGAUUUGUCGCAAUUUUAUGCUUGUUCACUGUUUACCAAUAAUCAACUAUUUGUACCAUUAAAUCGACCAGCCGUUCUUUUGGCAGCACUUAAUAUGGCGGCUCAAUAUACCAAGCAUGACUUGUGUUGUUUGAAUCUUGCCAAAAAUAACAUAUAUUUAGGUGAAGGGCUUACAUGGAUACGUAGAUUGUUCCCUGAACUAAAAGUGUUGGAUUUAUCUGAUAACAAAUUGUCUGAUUUAAAUGAACUAAAGAGUCUCUUGGGUUAUACAGUUGAAGUGCUCAAUUUGUCCAGAAAUCCAGUAUGCAAUUUAAUGGACAAAGAGUGUUACAGACGGGAUAUUCAAAAACUAUUUCCUAUGUUAUUCAAGUUGGAUAACUUAAAUUUGCCUUCUUUGGCUAUUGUUGGUACUAAGUUGAAAAUGCCAAUCAACCUGGGAAAUAGUUACCCAAUACUACAGUAUGGCUGCAACUUAAUUCAAUCAAAUCCAUUAAUCACUCUAGUAGAAUUAUUCCUAACAAAAUACUAUGAACAGUAUGAUGAUAAAAUGUCCAGACAAAUGGUAUUAGAAGCCUACCAUGAAAAAGCGACGUUUUCAUUAUCUAGUUGUUUACUAAAAACCUGUAACCACGGUAGUCUAGCGGAUUACCUGCCAAAAAGUCGAAAUUUGUUGAUAUCCGGCUUUAACAAAAAUAUAAAUAGUUUUAUACACAAAGGUAAAGCAAAUGUAUUAAGCAUUUUAGAAAAGUUACCCAAAACAAAACACGACUUUGGCUCAUUCAUUAUUGAUGUACCAUUUGCAAGUUCUACAAUAAUCCAGAUUGUAGUCAACGGUGUGUUUGCGGAAGAAUAUAAUGAAAACCACAAUUAUCAAGUAUUUCGAUCGUUUUGUAGGACAUUCAGUUUAGUGCCGGCUGUAAAUGGUUGGGUUAUAUUAAGUGACAUGAUGCUUGUAACAUUAGUCUCCUCUGAGUUAACGGCAGAAUCAACGAAGCGGUUCUAUAUUUUUAAGCCAACGGUGACGAAUAAUACAUAUAAUAGAACCAGUUUACAAACAACAAUACAGGAUACAUUGCCUGAUGUAUUAUCAACUUUAGGUUUCAAGACAUCCAUACCCAAAUGUCCAUCAUCAGCAUCUUUUUUAUCUAAAGAACUCCCUUCAUUGUCACUGCCUAGGAAUCCACAACAAACCUCAGCUUGUCAAACAAAUUUUCAGACAUCUGUCAUACAGAACUUACAGUUAUCUCACCAGCAACAGAGUCCUCCUGCAGCAGCAACAGUUGGUAUCCUAUUAAACUCUCAAGAGUUAAAUUCAUCAUGUCCCAUAUCCAAUUCUAAAUUAUCAUUUCCUGUAAACAACACAAAACCAAUAAAGUCAGAAUACUUCACAACAUCUACCAAAAUGCAUUUAAAUUCUGCCAGUAAUAUUGACAAUACUAAUAACGAAUUGUUAAUGAUCAAGAGGUUUUCAAAUGAGACAGGAAUGAACAAUAAAUGGUCAAAAAAGUGCUUGGCCGAUAAUAAUUGGGAUUUUGCCAAAGCUACAUUGUGUUAUUCAAAACUAAAAUCUAAUAUUCCUUCAAUAGCAUAUGAACACUGAUUAAUUUUAAAUUAUUAUUUUAUAUAUUGUAUUACAUAAAAAAGAAGUUUAAAUAUAUUUGUUG